AAAGCAAGGUCUUACCAAGGACGCCCAACGAGUCUUCCGUCAAUCCUUGCAAAAGGUUGGGGACCUACUGUAUGAUCUAAGGGACCAACUACCUUCAGACAUCAGGGUUAGGACAAAACUGAGCUGGAUCGGGUGGAAGAAAAGGCGAGUCGACGAUUUGCUUUCUCAACUCAAGACGUGGGAGGAGGAGGUCGGAUCGAUGAUAUUCACGUACAGUCUAUUGCUGAAUGUCCUGGCUAUCAAAAACUUCGAUUCCUUGUAUGAGCGCCUAUCUCGUACAGAUGAUCAACCGUUGAUCGGCGCAUUGGCACUGGCAAGACGAAUUCACGGCGGCCAAAAUCUUAAAACCUACCAUAUUCCAGUGUCUUCGCUGAUACCUGCUGUCAAACCUGUCAUUACCGAUCGUGUGCUUGCCCAAUACGGCUCAAGUCUAGUUUACUUGGAGAAACAUGAGACCCACUCGGACGCGCUCACAAAGAUGGCCGCGGCGUUCCGUUCACCUGAUCUUCCUUCAAUGCACCUUCUCUCAUGCCUCGGUUUUACUGUGUGGCAUGAGAGUGAACGCUUCCUUGUCUACCAAAUUCCAACCCUGACCCCAGGGAUCGUUAAUCCGGCUCGUCUUCCCAUGCUCGCCUACGUUUUGGACAAUGACAUUCGGAUGGCGCUCGAAGGUAGUUUUCGUAUUGCAGUGGAGAUCACCACGGCAGUGAUGGAGAUUCAUGCGGCUGGUUGGGUUCAUAAAUCCAUUCGCAGUGACAAUGUGCUCGUAUCGACGAGGGGAGGGGUAAAGGGAAGGAAAGGGGACGCUGAUGUCAGUUCAGCAUACCUCGUUGGCUUCACAACUGCCCGCUCUCAGGCGGUCUCCUCAGGUCGCUUUCCUGUGACAGAUCCUAUUCACCGUCUGUAUCACCAUCCUGAGCGACAAGGUGGAAGCAACGACAGUGUUGUCACGUUUGAUAUCAGACAUGAUAUGUAUAGCCUUGGGGCUCUACUCAUCGAGAUCGGCUUCGGGAAGACGUUGUAGGUGCUUUUUUCUUUGGCGAUGGCGACGACUGGAUCGAGGGAGGACAAUCAUAAGCGCUUGCUAGACCAUGCUCAUCGGCUGAGCACCAAGAUGGGCUCGAAGUACGCAGGUGUAGCCAUGACGUGCCUUACGAAGAGUACACCCCUCCAAAAGAAGACGGAGGAGGUUAGGAAGGAGUUUUACGAGGACGUUUUAUGUCCUCUGCAGGAGAUAAUGGACGGAUUCAAGGUUUGUCUCAU